UGGCUCAGAGCUAGCUGGCCUCAACUGCCCUCGUUCCCCGCUCUGAGCAGGCAUGGCUGAUGCCACAAGGAGGCCCCGACGUCGCCUGAGGCUAGGUUUGGCCACAGUCGCCCUGACCUCCUUCAAUGCCUUCACGUUCCUUUCAGUCUUUCAGGGCGAUUCGGGCAGGGAAAGCUCGGCUCCUCAUCGCCGAGACCUGAUUUGGGGCCUGGGAGCUGGUCUUCUUGGAGUUGAGGCAGCCCCGAGGGAGGCUGAUGCCUACAUGCAGAGGAAAGUGGCGUACCCGCCCAUCAACAGGAACGAUCCGGACCGAUGUAAGUUUAAAACUUCCAACAUUGCCCAGGCAAAUGCGCAGAGGGAGAAGUAUUUGGAUUUGCGAGAGUGCAAGAUGGCAGGCGGAAAAGCUGUGGGUGACGACAUUGCAGGAGCUCUGAUGAACAGGGGCGACUUCACCAAUGCUAAUUUUGAGAAUGCGAUCAUGACCAAGGUUGUUGCGGAAGAUGCCAACUUCGAGGGCGCGAGCUUCAAAAAUGCGGUGGCGGAUCGAGUGGAGUUCAAAGGCGCCAAUUUCAAGAAUGCCAUUUUCAGGAAUUGUCUUCUCACUUCGUCAGAUUUCACGGACGUUAACAUCGAGAACGCAGACUUCACAGAUGCAUUCCUGGACAUUCAAAGCGUGAAGAUCCUGUGCAACAACCCGACUAUGAAAGGUACUAACCCAGUCACUGGGGCAGACACCUUUCUGAGUGCCGGAUGCGACAUUGCUGAUGCAGGGUCCUAUAAUAAUAUGAGAUGAUUUCCACAGUGCGGUGGGCAGUUGGGGGUGGGGG